UUGGCUAAUCACACAUCUUCUUUUAUCUUCUUUACAAUCAAACAAUCUUGCGCUUAAAUCUCUCUCUCUGUGUAAGAUCACAUCCCUUUCAAUCACUUUCAACAAUGGAGACUCCUUCAUCCACUGCAAGAAGAGUCACAAGGUCACAAACAACCACCUUGACUGCUUCCAACAUCAACAACAUCCCAUCUUCAAGGAAGAUCGAAGACUCGGAAAAGAACGCUUCGAAAUCAAGACAAAGAAAGGGGCAAGCACAACAACAGGAUCGGUGUGCACUGAUCGACAUAUCCAAUGAUUCUCCCAUCGUUGGCCUUGCGAAUGGCGAGAUUGAGACACCUCUGUCGAGUAUUGCGAAGCAAAGAGGAAGCCGGGUGAAGAAGACUCCUGGUUCUGGUGAAGCUUUGUUGAGGGGACAAGUGAAGACCCUUUUGCAGAAAGUUGAAGAAGAAGCUGAGAUUUCUAAACUCACAAUGGAUGUUCGUCCUUUUCUUCAAUUUGUUAACUCUCCAAUGCAACUUCUUGCCCCAACUCCUGCAAACACCCCUCAAAUCCCCAAUGUUCACGACACUGCCAUUGGUUUCACUGAGUUUUCACCUUCUUCUGUUGUUCAAGAACAACUCAUUCCUCAGGUGCUGAAUCAAGAGAGUGUUGAAUCUGAAAAGAAUGUGCUAAGUCCACUGCUGUUAGAUUUCUCUGACAAAUCUGAGGUUACAGAAGACUCUAAGAUGGGGUCCACAGAAGAUGAUGGUGAUUCUAUUUGGUCAAUUCAAGUCAAUGCAAGCACACAUGAUGAUGAAGAUGAUGAUGAGGAAAUAGCUGAGGUAGAAGAAGAUGAGGUGGAUGAUUACUAUGAGGGUGUUGAAGAAGAGGAAGAGUAUGCUGAUGGAGGGUUGCUACUUGAUGAACUGUGUGAGGGUUUGAGCAACAUAGGUGUGAAUGAAGGAAAUGUGGUUCCAAAGUUUGCUGGGAAACAUACAAGAUUUUUGUAUGAUAGUGAUGAAGAUGAGAUUGUGGAAGAGGUUGUUGAAGAAUCUGCUGAUUCUAACUCUGAGAUUUUGCAUUUGAAGGGGUUGCCAACUCCAAAAGGAAAGCAUAUUCGUUUUUCUGAGGAGGAAGAGAAAUCUGAUCUGUGAUUCAGUGUUUGUUUUUGUUUAGUUUUUGUUGGCUGUCUCUCUUUUGACACCACUUUUUGGCUUUUGUUUCUUUUUAUCUGAAUGGAGCUAAUGCUAGGACCAUAACAUGUGGUUGAAUGCUCCAAUGAAAUUGUUUCUUUCAUUAUUGCUUAAUUGACAAGAUUCUUGGUUCAUUACCAGCAAGUUUAUGAUUA